ACUGCUGCUGCUGCCGCCGAGAGAUAGCGAGACACACAGCGUGCGCUUCAGUCAUUAAUUUGCGUCUCAAACGGUAUGGGAUUAUGUCCAGCGUUUUGUACCAUCAUGGCCUUUAGAACGGAAAGCGACGUUUUAAAGUCUUCUGAAACAGCACGGGCUGUCGCUGCAGAGAGAGGCCUACAGUAAGCCUGUUCCUCAAGGGUUUGACUGUAUUUAGCCCCAUCAAUUUUGUGACAGUCAAAAGGAAUCAGGACAUGUUCUUCUGCAGAUCUUGCUUAUUCUGCACAGAGGACAACCUCAGUACAGUGAGGGACCGAGCACACUGAUGUGAGGUGUAGAGCAUAUUUGAGUGUGCUCAGUCCACUCUUGAGCAUCAGGAUGAGUGGAACAGGGGAGCAGUCCGAUAUCCUGGCUGUCGGGAGCAUGGUCCGGGAGCGAUGGAGAGUGUUGAAGAAGAUUGGUGGUGGUGGUUUUGGUGAGAUCUAUGAAGUCCUGGACCAGGUCAACCAGGUGAAUGUGGCUCUGAAAGUAGAGUCUUCCCAACAACCCAAACAGGUCCUGAAGAUGGAAGUAGCAGUUCUGAAAAGGCUUCAGGGGAAAGACCACGUUUGCCGCUUUGUCGGCUGUGGACGCAAUGACCGCUUCAACUAUGUGGUCAUGGAGCUUCAGGGAAGAAACUUGGCAGACCUUCGGCGCACCAUGGCCCACGGCACAUUCAGCUUCUCCACCACACUCAGGCUGGGCAGACAAAUCUUAGAAGCCAUUGAGAGCAUCCACUCUGUGGGCUUCCUGCACAGAGACAUCAAACCAUCCAACUUUGCAAUGGGCCGACUAGCCAGUACAUGCCGAACCUGUUAUAUGCUUGAUUUUGGUUUGGCACGCCAGUUUACAAACUCUUGUCAAGAAGUCCGUCCACCACGUCCAGUGGCGGGAUUCAGAGGAACCGUCCGUUAUGCUUCUAUAAAUGCCCACAAGAACAAGGAAAUGGGUCGACAUGACGACCUGUGGUCUUUAUUUUAUAUGCUUGUGGAAUUCAUGGUGGGUCAGCUACCCUGGAGAAAGGUCAAGGACAAAGAACAGGUUGGAAAUAUGAAGGAGACGUACGACCAUCGCCUCAUGCUCAAGCACCUCCCAGCUGAGUUUAGCAUUUUUCUUGACCAUUUCUCCAAUCUGGAUUACUACACUAAACCAGAUUACCAGCUACUGAUGUCAGUUUUUGACAACAGUAUGAAGAGCUAUAAUGUGGUGGAAAAUGACCCUUACGACUGGGAGAGAACAGAUUCAGAGGACACACUUAAUGUUGGAAACCUGGCAACCACAGCCCAGCAGUUGACUCGCCUCACACCUGCAUACCUGGGCAUGGCCAAUGCCUCUGUAAUCCCAGGCGAUCUGCAGCGUGAGAACACAGAGGACGUUCUUCAGGGUGAGCGACUCAGUGAGGCUGAUAAUUGCGCCCCCAUCCCAACUCAACCUGCACAGGGAGCGGAUGUGUGGGAAGAUAUUGAGCACAGCCGUGACCGAAACCUCAACCACGUCCAGCCACUAAUCAGAAAGGUGGCUAGUGAGGAGGAGCGAAGCAAAGAGGGCAACCAGAGCCCCAACAGUGGCUCUAUCCAAGGUUCUCCUAGAAGGGUGCGCUCAGAGACCCUGCUCAUUGACCGUGUGGCUCCUCUACUGAGAAGGAUGCGCCACAGCCAGAGCAUGGACAAGAGACUGACCCCUGAGCCUAAACCCACCAUUGAACGCUUUCUGGAGGCCUAUAAUCAUGAAAGAAUGGAAAAGUCAUGGAGAAGUCAUGGAAAUUCAGAGGUCAAAUUAUGUGGGAAUCCUGGAAAAAGUGCCAUAGUUUGUGUUGGUGCAUUAGUGACUUCAGAAUCCCUUCUACUGCUGCUAUUCUGUCUUAUUAGUUUAGGGAAGCAGCGGCCAUGCCUGCCCCAGGACAGGUCUGUCUGCCGGGUUGAGCAGGGCUCCUUGGAGGAUGAGGAGGGUGCAGCCAGCAGUGGUUACGUCGCAGUCAACCUCAGCCCAGUCCCCCAAGAGGGCGACUCACAGGAGUGGGUCCUAGUGGAGCUUGAGGGUGGUAGCGGAUCAGCUGGCUCUAAACCUGACGAGGAGGAACGCUCAGGGAUGUCGCCACACUCCUCCAGCCCCCUCGCCCUCCCUCGAACCUGGUCCGACCCCCUCCCUCAGCGCACUAGCAGCCUAAGUGGUUUAGGAGAAUUCCAAACAGGGGUCUGCCACACUGGACCUCCUUUUAUCCGCUUGCCUAGCAUAACAGGCUUGUCUGGGCUGUCUGGACUGAGGAGACUGCCCACAAUCCAGCCUGCAUCAAUGGUCCAUCUCAGCAGAAACUAUCUUGAACAGUCAUCCAAUGCAGUGCUACAGUCACAGCAAAAGGCUGGAGACGAUUCUCAGAUUGACAAUCCAUCAGGCGAUGCAGAAAAAGAGCACAGUCAUGUGCCAGCUUAUUCACCCCCUAAAAGCCCCAAUAAGCACUCUAUUCCUGCAGACGAAAACAUUAUCCCUGUCAAAGCCUCUGAAAUAGAUGUGGAGAGUGACUCGGGCUGUCUUGAUGGUGGACCUUGUACAACUCCCAACCAGGGUGAGAUGACUGGGCACAGUGUUGAUGCAGCUCCGACAUCACCUCGUGAACUCUCCCCCCGAGCCAGUCGCAUCCCGGUCCGUGACCCAGACUCGCCGACCCGCAGGGGUUUUCCUGCCCCGUUGUCUCCAUCUCUCUCGCUGUCCUGUGAGCACUUCCCAUCUGCACUGCUCCGUGACAAGUUCACCUUCCCCACUGGCUUUCGAGGGUCUGACUGGCAGGGAGAGGAUCCUCUCUCUCUGUCCUCCUCAGGCCCUCUGUCAAACAAGAGUAAAAUACCCAGACACAUAAGCCCUACACUAGUGCCGGACCAGCUGUCUGUUAGGCCGCCAGUGCUUAUUCCUCGGCCGCCACCAGGCAAACCGCCCCUUCGUACAGGUGGUGAGAACAGACGCAGGCGCUACCGCAUUCGUGCUAGCAGCACUGGUGACGCAGAUCUCCUGGACAACCUCACUCAGCUUAUGCAGGAGCGAGGCGGGCUGGCCGUCAGCUCCUCCUCUCGUUACCAACGCACCACCGCCUCCUCCCUGCAGCGCUCGCUAAGCUCCUCCCCUUCCCGAUUUGAGGGUGGCCACAGCCAAUCACCAAGUAGCUGUUCAGCCUCCCCGCCCCCUCAAAUCAGUGACUUGCGGGUGAAUAAUGGUUCAGGCCUCAGAGCGGGAAGUUCUGAGAGCAAAACUACAACCAAAAUGAGCAAAUAAAUAGAAAAACAUGCAUAGUGUAUGUAACUGAGGUGUGAUUUGUCAGUAAUUUGACAGCUGGUUCAAAAAUAUUACAAGUAGCGUUUAACCUGGUAUCAAGUAUGAAGCCUGAUGAACUGUAGCCUUUUUACAAGGGGUAUUUUGAUAAAUAAGUAGGGAAGAAAGAUCAGAUAUUAGCCAGCUGGAACCAGAAACAUCGGUUGUGAUUACUUGAAAGCAUCAUGUCUUUGCUAUUUAAUAAAAACAUUAUUAUUAAAGGGGUCAUAUCAUAAUUUUUUAGGUUCAUAUAUAAUGUUAAUUUUUUGUGCCAAAACAGUAUCAUCAGUCUUGCUCUGAAAGUUUUUUAACUUCCCCAUCCUUCCAUAACUGCUUCUUUGCAACGCCUACAAAACAAUCUGUGUUGAAAUGCACCACACAAACUGUCAAGAUCGGACUGAAAUGAAACUUCAGCCACACUUUCCUAACAUUGGGAUCCUUCAGAUGGAUAUGUAGAGCAACAUGAUCUUUACACAGCCUGAAACAAUAGCAGAACAAGUAAUUUUCUUGUCAGAGGGUUAAGGUUUUGUAGGUUAGCUUUGGCUUUCUGUGUUAUAAGUGUGACCAAUCACCUGGUAUUUACUGACUGGCUUGAAAAACAUGUUUUCAGAGCUAAUUUCCCACGAACCAAAGAUGGCAGCAUGUCAUUGAUGGGAUGAAUGAGAAUGCUCCAAGUAUAUUAGACCAGCUCUUUUUGAGCUGGGAAGAAAGUUGUGAGUUCUGAAAAUUGUAGUGUUUUUGUAGUACAUCAAGCUCUUUAUCUCAAAGGAAGGAAAAUUUGAUUUCUCAUGAUAUGACCCCGUUAACAUGCUGAACAUUGUGUAACUUGCUCUUAAAAAUGGUAAUUGCAUUUCAUUGGGAUAAUUUUUAUUUAUUUAUUUUGUAGACCCCAUAGAGUUUGUGCCAAAUACUCCUGUGUUUUAUAUUCCUAAUAUUUUGUUUUUUAAAUUGUAGUGAUUCAUGUAUGUUUUUUUUUUUUUCUUAUUUUCUUUUCACCUUCUAGUUUACAUAUAUGUGUCAGAUUUGAGGUCACUAAUGGUGAGAAUGUUUGAAAUUUGAAAACAAUGGGGCUGUACCUAGUAACUCAUUGUAUUCUGUCCAACAGAUGCAUGUUUUGAGUUUUGUGAGAGCUCCAGAUACAAGCCUUACAUUUUAUUUUUUAUUAUCUGUCAUCAUUGUAUUCCUUAAUCAUUUGUCAAAAGUUUAAACUAAUCUUGAAGUGAUAGUUCACCCAAAAAGGAAAAUUCUUUCAUCAUUUACUCAUCGUAAUGCCAUCCCAGAUGUGUAUGACUUUCUUUCUUCUGCUGAACACA